GACAUUAAAUUAACUUGACCAACAUAAUUAUUUACCGACUUAUUCCACAAAAGUGCAAAAAUUCAAGGUUAUCAAGCGUAUUUUAUAAGUUACCGCGUUUUUUGUACUUUAUAUUUGUGCAAGACUUCAAGACGCAACAUUAUAAUAAUGAUGCUUAAGUACAUUAUCUGCAGCACGUUUCUAAUCCACUCCUCAAUCGCAGCUUUACCUUCUUAUUUCCCUCGUUGUAGCAUCAACGAUCCAAAGCUCAACGAUUGCAUACUGAAGGCUGCCGAACAAUUACAACCGCGCAUUAAGGAUGGCAUACGAGAGUUAGGUAUUCCCUCCUUCAACCCCUUCUACAUACCCAAAAUUGAAAUGCAACAAGGCACCGAUAGGGUCAACUACAAGGUUUCAUUUACCAAUAUGUCGAUCUACGGGCUCGCGGACUAUAAAUUUUCGGAAUUAAACUACAUUCCGGAUGAGCUUACCUUUUCAGGUAAGGGAAACUUCAAUAACAUGAGUAUGAAGACUAAGUUCGACGUAGAAGGGAGAUUGUUAUCGAUUCCGAUUCACGGAUCUGGCAACUAUGUUACUAAGUUAGGUCCAUGCACUGUCCUGUUAAAAACAACUGGAAAGCUUGUUGAGCGGAAUGGAGACGAGUAUUAUGAGCCAAUCAAGGCUGUCGUUGAUAUACAAGUUUCCGAUUACGUUUCCAACUUCACCGGUCUGUUUGAGGACAAUCCGGACCUCAAGAGAGUAUUUACACAAGUACUGGAUGAUAAUGCUAACGUGAUAUUGCAAGAAGUAUUACCCGCAAUUAAUCAGGUAGCCGAAGGAAUGUCCGUGCAGUUAAUCAACGCAAUCACCCGUAGCGUCCCCUACAAAGAGCUUUUGCCACCUUCCAUGUAAUUCAACCUACGGCCUGAUAUGUUAAAUUAUAUAUACGUGCAGUAGUGUAGCUUCUUUCGUUUACCUUAUCUGUCUAGUUUGAGUACCUUGUAGAUAACUGGAAUGAAAGAUAAUUAUGCCACAAUAUCAGAUAGAAGAGACGAUACAGUUUAGCUUUGAAAGUAAUACGUUGCCUAAUAAAAGUAAACAUUUGAUGA